UGACCCGAAAUCACGCACACUCGCUGUAAAUCACACACACACAUACUCGCAUAUAUAUAUAUAUAUGUUUGUGCUAUAUGCUAUAGCCAAGUGAGCGGCAGAGCCAGCGAAAAGCUGCGAAUGCCAAGCGCACAGUAGAAGGGAGUGGUACGUCAAAAACUGACGCACAGCGGCAGGCCAAACAAGUCCAUAGUUUAAUAGCCAGCACUCACCGCACCACAAUAAUAUAAACUGUAAAAUAUAUAAAAAAACACCAGUCCAGGCCAAAACCGAAAACCCAAAAAAGCAAAAAUUACGUGACCAAGUGCUACAAAACCACAAACAAACAAACAAAAAACGAAAGAAAAUCUAUAACUAUAAAAAAAAGAAAAGAGCUAAUUCUGUGUGUGUGUGUGUGUGUGUGAAAAAACAAAUCAGAGCGAGUACGAGAGCUUCCUGCUUUAUCAUAUCAUAAAACAGAAAACACAAGCAGCAGAAGAAGGAGCAACAGCAACAGCAACAGCAACGGUAACGGCAGCAACAUUGCAACAAACAACAGCAACUAGCAACGGGACAACGAAAGCCAAAUACCUUGAAUUGCGGAGAUAGCCGGGUUCUUAAGUGAAAUAAGCUGCCAAGCGGAUGUGGUAGGAUCGCAGGUGGGGCAGGGGAGGAUGCCAGCCAGCCGGCGAGCCAAAGGGCACAAUAUUGCAACAUCCGCAACUUCGGGGACAAGGAAUCAAAGCUGAAGGAGCAACCGCAGCAAUACACUCUCAAGGCAACUCAUGUCAAUGUCAAAGUUGAAGUAGAAGAGGGCCAAAAUAAGUACGGGGGCGGGUCGAAAGCUACGGCUAUAGCUAUAAAAGCAAAAGCAUUUUAACUGCAGAUGACAAAGAAGGUUGUGCUACAUCUACAUAGUAAAUACAAAACAAAACUAAGCAUAAGAAAACCCCAAAACCACACCCAAAACGAGCCCCAACCAAACCCAAACCGAACCCCAAAAACCUAGACCAAAAUAAACAGAGCGGCAAACAAGUGGAGGGGAAUCCCCGGAAUUUCAAUUGCCGAAGCUCCAAACUGGCAAGGGAAGGCAGCAGACGGAUACGGAUACGGUGACCCGUUUAGCAGGCAAAAUGUCCGUGGACUUUAUACUGCCCAAUCGCAACAAGAUCCAGACGAUUGCCUAUGCCAGUGCCAGCAAGAAAUAUGUGGCCGGAGGAUCCGGAUCCAAUCUGGGCUCCGGGUCGGUAUCUGGUUCAGGAUCGGGAGGUGACUUGCAGAGCUGGCGACGUCCUAAGCCAAGAACCUCCGGAAAACUGAAGCUUGAGGAUAAGUCUUUAGUGAAUGCCAGUUCGGUGCUAAGAAAUGCCAAUGGAAAUGGCCUGGGAAAUGGCAGUAAGUCAUCACUCAAAUCGAUGGCCAAAAGGAGCUCGCGAUCGGUUCUCAAGCGGGAGAUCAUCGAUCUGGACGACGACGAGGGUGAAGAGCAAGAGGAUCAGCUAUGCGAACAUCUGGAAUGGUCUGCUGCCCAAUCUUUGGUCCAGAUGAACUCCUCCAAACAGGAGAAGCAACGGCGAGUGGGAACUUCAAGUUCACCUGCAACUGUGGCAGCGCCAAUCUCCGCCUCAGUAUCGCUGCGCCGUCCAGUUGGCAGAGCUCCGGCGGAGGAUGGCAAGGUGAUUUUCUACGCUCCGCCUGCCAGCGCCAGUGGAUCCCAGCGCCAACCGGAGCCGGUGACAUUGAAGAGAGAGCGGGAUAGGGAGCGCGAAAGGGAGAGGGAACGAGAGCGAGAACGGGACCGUAUGAGGGAGCAACAAGUGGUGGCGGCUGCCUCGAUUUAUCGGGGUCGCAGUGUCGAGGAAACGGAAGCGGCUCACGAUCUGCUCUCCCUGUCGCAGAGUCUGCCGCCGCUGAUCCCGCCCUGCGUGGUCACCAUCAUGAAGCAGGAACAGGAGCAGCUACGCUCACCGGAGAUCCAGGAGAUAUCGAACAGCGCUUCCAGCCGAUCACCCCAGUCGACUAUCCGAUUUAUAGGCAGCAGUUCUUACGAUCUGAUGGGUGGCUCCUCGGAGGGGGCCAACAACUGCUCCCCGUUGACGCCGCCAAACUCGGACCACAGCUCCGAUGUGGAUAUUGACAUGUCUUCCUCCUCCGAAUCGGGACUGCAGCAAUGGGGCAAGCCCAAUCCGCAGAAUCAGCAGCGAGCCUCGGCGCUGAAGAUGUGCCUAAAUAUGCUGGAUGGCAGGACCAAGGCGAGCAAGGCGGCUGCUGUGAGUAAGCAGGACAAACAGGAGCCAGUGCAGCCAAGGCCCAAGAGUGCCCAGAGUAAUGCCUCGUCCGGUGGAGGUCCGCCAUCAGAGCCUCCGGAAAGUUCAGCCACCACGGGGCAUAGCUCCUCUGGAAAUGGGGAAAACUAUGCCAAGCGGAAGAGGGGCUGCUACAAAUGCUGCGAAUGUGGCAAGCAGUAUGCCACCUCCAGUAAUCUAUCUCGCCACAAGCAAACACAUCGCUCCCUGGACUCGCAGUCGGCCAAGAAGUGCAAUACAUGUGGCAAGGCCUACGUUUCCAUGCCCGCUUUGGCGAUGCACUUGCUCACGCACAAGCUUUCGCACAGCUGCGACAUCUGCGGCAAGCUCUUCUCCAGACCCUGGCUCCUCCAAGGCCAUCUACGAUCCCAUACCGGCGAGAAGCCCUACGCCUGUGUCCAUUGCGGCAAAGCCUUUGCGGAUCGCUCCAAUCUUCGAGCCCACAUGCAGACCCAUUCGGGGGACAAGAACUUCAAGUGCCAUCGGUGCAACAAGACGUUUGCCCUCAAAUCGUACCUCAACAAGCAUCUGGAAUCGGCAUGUCUACGGGAUACCGGAGCCAUCGAUCAGGGCAAGGGCUUGGAGGAGGAUGACGACGACUGCAGUAAGCAGGACGAACUGGAACUGGGCGACGAGCUGGACAGCGAUGAGAACAGCCAGGACAUUGUGGUGGCCUAGGGACAACCGACAGCCUAGGGAACUCUCCUGCCCGCAACUAAGAUACUUUAUACCAGAACCCUAUAAGCAAUACUCGAGCACCCUUAUCAAAUUAAUACUAAAAAGAUAACAAAACAAAUUGAGAAUUAAAAACAAAGAAAAUCUAGUCUAGAAAUCGGCUUACUAGCGGAGUAGUUCAUUAAAUGGCAGAUGAUGAUGAUGAUGAUGAUGAUGGAUCUCAACUCAAUAGAAUCUUCUUCAAGCAGUUAUAUACACACACUUAUAUCUACUCACUUAUAAUCUGAACUAUCCCAGAAAUCUCUCCAAGUUGAAACUUUUACUGAACGACGACGAUGAUGAUGAUGAUGAUGAUUGGAAGGGAGGUAGUCAAAAGAACAAAGAAAAACAAAAGGUUUGAGAAGGAAAUCCAAAACGUAACUUAUAGUAAAAAUCUGACACAACGAAUAUUAUGGAACAUAAGUAGAAAUUCUAUAUAUACACAGAUCAAAUAAGCAUUAUAUACAGAUCGAAGGAUGAUGGAAAGUCGAAGGGAAUGGCAAAUUAUAUGUAUACAUAUGAACUAAAUGAAUAAUACCUAGCGAGCAGAACCAAUUUGCAUGUUUUUUGGUAAAUAUCUACUUUUAGGCAUCGUUUUAGGGCUCUAGAGUUUAUAUACACCCCCUUACACACCCAACACAUAAUGCAUAGAACACAGUACCCACAGUACUCACUAAACCAAUCACCUAGAUGUAGUCCGAGUACUUAAGGAUUCGAUCGGAGCUCAGUUCAAGUCUUAGCAAACUAAUCAAUUAGUGAACUUAUAGCACUUCCCGCAACUCCCUAUAACUCUCUCGCUCUUAGACUCUUUUUAAACCGUACUCAAGAUCAAGUUUAGCAAUCGGAUAUAUAUCUAUAUAUAUAUACAUAUAUAUGUAGAAUCGAACGAGACGAGCCAUUUUAACCGCUGCGGCAACUUUACACUCUAACCAAGUUUAAGAUGAGAUUACUUCCAUAUUAUGCUCUAACUCGAUAAACAGAAAACUACUUCAAUUACUUAGAAAUGAUUAAAAUUAAUGAGAAAACAAUUUAGAAACAUAUCACAAGGACAAUACUUAACAUAAAUAAAUACAUUCAAAGUAUGAAAAGUACAUAUAUAUAUAUAUAUAAUGGAGAAGGAGGCAACCCCCUCCCCAAACCCCCCAAUUAAGACAUUCUCAUACACAUGCAACAAAGUACUUACGAAAUAGUUAUUUUAUUACUAGCAUUAGAACCCCGACUCGUGUACAUAUAUAUUGGCAAGUUUAAAAGUGAAUAAACAAUUUUAUACAAGAAACUACCCCCGUACCCGCGACCCCUCGAGCUUUGGCCCAGCCAAAGGUUUCCAAAAAGGUUCCCCAAUCGCAAAAGAAGGGGAUAUACUUGCAUGUAAAUAUCCCCUUGAAGAUCCGGGCAGACCGGAAGCAAGAAGAUGAAGGCAGAUGAAAGGUUGAUGAAACGAUGAUGAUAGACGUAGAAGACGCACUUGUAAAACAAAUGAUAACUAAAAGCAAUUCCAAAGUUAAGUGACAUAGUUUUUAACGAACAAACAAAAACAAAAACAAAAAAUACAAAAAUUUGUAAUUCUAUAAAACAAAAAUCGAGAAGUAUUGAUAUAUACACAAAACAUGUAUUUAUUUUACGCGUAGUUUUUAUUCCAAAAAGAAAAAAACAAAAAACCAAAAACCGAAAAAGCAAAUGCAAGAAAGUAAAAACCAAAAACCAAAAGAGUAAACUUGAAAACAAUUUAAUUAAAUUGUCAAUUACAAUUAUUUCAUAAUUUAAGAAUUGAUGAAUGAUGGUGAGUCAGACGCGAUAGAGGUUAUUUUUUAAAGCAUAUAUAUACACAUAAAUAUAUUACAAAUAAAUAAAUAUAUUUAAAAGAGGCAGUUUUAUAUCGAAAUUAAUAAUAGUAAAUGCAAAGUAACAACAAAAUAUUGAAAACCAUUCGAACUUAAUUAUACAACGAGCAAGAAACCAUUAAUUAUAAAAUCCCCCUCCCCCAACAACACACUAACACACACACACACACCCACACACAUACGCCCAAAAUUUUAUAGCAACAGCAGAUUAUUACAUCGUAUCUACAUACGUGCGCGCCAUGUAGAUAAGCAAGCAACGCCGCAUGUCGCAAGUCUAGCAGGAACAGCAACAGCAGCAGCCGUAGCCGCAGAAUGUCGGGGGCAGAAUUAGAAUUUAGACCAGAGAGUGCUAUGUGCAUUGUUUAUAGGGCCAUAGUUCGAAAUCGUGUUUAUGCAUGGCUUUAUUGAUGAUUAUUGAUAGCGUUUUAAAUAGCAUUAAAUGCCUAUAUACACAUAAGCAAACCAAACAACAACAAAAACAACAAAACCAAAAAAAAAACGUAUAUAAGAAAUUCCAUUGAACAGUAGUGGUAACAAUUAUGUGAUUUGCAAUUUUACAUUCAAAAUAUAUAUGAACUAAUUACGAAUAUAAAUAGAUUAUAUAUUGAGGCGAGCGUUUAAUUGAUUUAUUUAUGAGUAAGAUUUAUUUAUACACAUUAUACACCACAAAAAAAUGAAAAACAAAAAGAAAACGAUAAACAAACAAAAUGACAAAAAGCUAAAAAUAAGAAGAACUCGAAUGGAUUGAGGAGAGGCGAUGCUAAAAGUAUUUUUACACAGAAACCUUGUUUUAUACACGCGGCAAGUUGAAACCCAAAAUCGAAAUACCCUGGCCACACCUGCAAAAUUAACUAAAGAGAACCUUGAAAAAGGGGUUAUCCCGAUUUCGCUUAGCUUUAUUUCAUUUUUAAAAUAUUUCAAAAAUGUUUAACAUUUCAUAUCCUAGAGAAACUUAAGGUAAUGUUUCUUUAAUUUAUUUUAAAUUUUAAAACUUUUAAUUGAGAACUCGAAAUCGGGAACACCCUAGACCGCCACACACACACCCUCUCGAUAAGAACAAAACUUAUUUCCAGAUCAAAGACACCAAUUCAAUUUUGAUUAUUAUACAAAAUAAUGAAAGGGAAGGGCAAGCGAUAACGGUGAGAUAUUUUAUAAACGAUGAACGAUGAAUAACGUAAAGAUAUUAAUUUAUAUAUUCAUAUAUUAGAGAUGCAAAAAGACUUGAACAGUUAUAUACAUUUAAAAUUGCAAUAUAUUGUAUACUUCAUUAAAACAAAUAUAUAUACAUACAUACCGGCAUAUAUGCAACCACGUAUAUAAGUAUACAUAUUUAACUUAUUUAUAUAAAUGCUUACAGCGAACCAUAAACAUAUACAUACAUCAUACGAACCGAAUCUCAAUUUUUUCCAAAGCAAGACGAAUAGGAAUCCCUCAAGUAACUCAAGAUCAAGAUCAAUUCAAGUACAUUAUAUACUCAAUGACCAUCCGGCUGGGCAUGAAUCGCCUUGGCCGUACAGGAAUAUAUAUAGCUAAAGAUAUAUAAGUAAUACGUAUAUGCAAUACAAUGCCACGCCCACUCUUGAUUGAUACGAUGGAAGCGAUUUUAAGGCGCUACCCGUAGGUGUAGGAGUUUUCACAGACUUUUUCCUUUUGAUACUUAGCAUUCGUUCUUGUUCUACUUUUAGUUAGAGAAUGUUCAACUAGUUUCAGCUUUCGUAGGAGUUAAAUAAUCAACUUUAAAGACACAAACACAACACCUAGGAGAACCACAGCUAUACUAAAUAAUAACCCCCAGUAACAUCCCCAAACACACACACUCUCACACUCUAUUAGACAUUCUAGCCGACAUCUACAGACAUAUACCCACACAUGCAUAACCAUGCGAUUUUAUGGCAAAAUAUGUAGAGCAUAUAACCUAUUAUACCCCAAAGAAAGCUAAUCCAUUCUUAAAUUAAUAUACACGCGAGUAACCGGAGAAAGCGAAUAGAAUCGAAAGCAGAAGAAUCACAGUAUGAAGAAUCCAUAUUAUGGAGAUUUGCGAGUGUGACAACAAACAAAGAACUUAAAUUCCCCUCAAAGAAACAAACAAAGCUAAACUAAACAAAACAUCCAUAACAAGAUCCAAGAAAUGUAUGACACGAUGAGUCGAAGGAAUAUAAAUUAGAAUCAUAGUUAUUAAAGCUACACCCACACACUAGUGCAGCCAUGUAACUAUUUUUAGAGCCUCGGAAAUAAACAUACAUAAAAUACAUAAAAAUAUUAAAUAAACGACAGAGAAAACCAA